AUGCCACUAGCAACGCUCAACGUGGCUUCUCCUCGCCAGUCCCCUGUUGUGCCCUUAGGACACGUUUCCCCUGGUAUGCGCCAGCUUCGUGGGGACUCAACACCUCAGUAUUGGGCUAAUGAUUCUUCUUCGAGCUACUUCAAGGGCUCAUAUAUCCAGGAGCACCCUUACGAUACUGAUGGUGGUGGGAGUGCGAGCAACAACAACAAAUCCAGGAAUGUUAGACGGUCUGGUCCGCUGGAUUACAGCUCAGGCAGGAAAGCUGAACACACGGAAGGGUCGUCUAGCACGGGGAUAAGCCCACUGCCGAGGUUCGCAGUGUCGCGGUCUGGUCCUUUGAUGCAUAAGUAA